AUGAACACCAAUUCUUUAGCCAGCACUUCAUGCGAAGAAAUCAGAUCUCUUCCAAAAAGUGAAUCGCCCAAUUUGUGGAAAACUGCUAGAAAUACGUUCAAUGCAAGCACCAAAGGCUAUGAAGCCAAAGUGAUCAAUGUAGUGGGAUACGUACUUCUUCAAAUUGUUCUUGAUCUUACUGUUUUCCAAAUGAUGCUCCGAUAUGCUGUCAGUGCUUGGCGAGGAGAACUGGCGAGUCUCGACAUGGACCAAGAAAUCGAGCCAACUCCAGAAAGAGUACAAAUUCUAGGGAUUAUCUUUUUUACUACUCUUGUUGGAUCUGUCAUUGCCGUAUAUAAAAACGCGAUUGGGCCAAUACUGCUGAUUUUGACUCAAAUUGCAAUGGCUGCCUUGGCAUGUUAUUACAUUUCAAUGCCACUCAUUCUCGAAGCAUUUCAAGAAGUCUGGAUAGAAAAGAAAAAUAACAUUUGUUUAAUACAUAUGUGCUAUCACAUUUUUAUUGCCUUGUUCUACUGCUCUAUAUACUUUUUCCCAACCUUCAUCAACUUGUGGUACAUGUACUGCACUUUCAUGGUCAUGUUGGUUCUUCUUGGAUUCAAGGUUUUCGAAGACAAAAAAACCAAUGCGGCUAACUCAGUUUCUGUAUCAUCUGACCUGGCAUCUAUGAUCUCUCCAUCAGAAGGAAGUUCCCCGCCAGAAACAGGUUAUUACGGAGACAACAGCUCGUUUUCAGAAUAA